CAGAAUGUGUGCCGAGAGUCACUAGAGUUCACUGAACCGUCGUGAAGAGACGUUUCCGCCCACAAGAAACAUGGCGGCUCCCUUGCUGGAGGAUCUGUCGGAGUACUUAGGAUCCCCAGAACCGGCGGUUCGGCUUAUUUUAUCCAUUUUAAUCGGGUAUCCCUUUGCACUGGUGUAUCGACGCUUCUUUUUCUACCAGUCAGCCACAGUUAUCCACUUGUUCCAUGCGAUUUCUGGAUUGGCUCUAGCAGCAUUCAACUUUGCAGGCUCUCAGCUCUGGCACUCUGCAGUAUGCAUCCUUAUCCAAUUCCUGAUGCUGAGGCUCAUGGGAAGGACGGUAACAACAGUCCUGAGCAGCUUUUCCUUUCAAAUGUUGUACCUGCUGGCAGGAUAUUACUACACAGCGACGGAGGAGUAUGACAUCAAGUGGACCAUGCCUCAUUGUGUCCUCACACUCAAACUUAUCGGUUUGUCUUUUGACUACUAUGACGGCGGGAAGGAGCCAUCCCAGCUAAGUCCAGAGCAGAGGACAUCGGCCAUGGCAUCUGUGCCCACUCUGCUCGAGGUGUAUGGCUUUUCGUACUUUUAUGGAGGCUUCCUGGUGGGUCCCCAGUUUACACUGCGCAGCUACCAGAAGCUGGUAGCGGGGGAGCUCACCGACUGCCCUGGAAAGCCUCCUAAUAGUAUUAUACCAGCAAUUAAGAGGUUUGCUCUGGGCUUUCUGUGCUUGCUGAUAUACACAAUAUUUAGUCCCCAUUACCCAGACAGCUACUACUUGACAGAUGAAUAUGAGGCCCAGCCGUUCUGGUAUCGCUGUGUAUUUAUUCUACUUUGGGCCAAAGUCAUUUUGUAUAAAUACGUCAGCUGUUGGGUUAUAGCGGAGGGAGUAUGCAUUUUAACUGGGCUUGGGUACAAUGGCGUCGAUGAGAAUGGUAAGCACAAAUGGGAUGCCUGUGCCAACAUGAAGGUGUGGCUGUUUGAAACGACGCCGCUCUUUGGAGGAACCAUUUCUUCUUUCAACAUCAACACAAAUGCCUGGGCUGCCAGAAAUGUAUUCAAGCGUUUGAAGUUUGUGGGUAAUAAGACUAUCUCACAUAUGGCCACAUUGUUAUUUUUGACGAUAUGGCACGGCCUUCACUCGGGGUACAUCAUAUGCUUCUCCAUGGAGUUUUUCAUCAUCACCGUAGAGAGACAGGCCCUGGCUCUGGUGAAGGACAGUCCACUGCUGACAAAGCUGGCCAACAGCUCACUCUACCCCCUCAUUUAUGUAGUCCAGCAGUUUAUCCACUGGCUCUUCAUGGGCUACCCCUUAGUGCCAUUCUGCCUCUUCACCUAUGACAAAUGGCUCAAGGUGUAUUCAUCCGUCUAUUUCUGCGGUCACGUGUUCUUCCUCGUAGCCUAUUUAGUCAUGCCAUACCUCCGUAAGGUGCUGGUGCCUAAGAGACAAAGCCAGAAAAAAGAGGAUUAAAACUUGGUACUAAGACUUGGUAUGGUCUGUCUAAGGCUAAAAAUCCACUUAAGGGAACUGUGACUUUUCCAGGAGCAGAAUGGAAGAAUUUAGGCCUUUAGUAAUAUAUAUAUAUAAAUAUAUACAUAUAAAUAUAUGUCCAUGUAAAAAUAAUCUAUCUAUUUUUGUGUUUUAAAUUUGAAGGCUGUUUUUAUAAACACUUAAAGAAAUGUUUACAGGAAAUGACCAUCGUGCCACAUGGGUAAUUUGUGAGCCAAUCAGGGGUGAUUUCCUGUUUGUUCUAGGUUUUUCCUCUAUUUUUAUUUUUUAUUUUUUUUCUUGAAGAAGAGGGACUUGAUGAACUUUGAGAGACUCUCAUGCUGUCAACAGAGAAUUGCACUUACCAGUCACGGGUUCAUGAGUCGCUCAUCGGCUCAGAUACAGUAUGAUGUUAUGUUCUUUUUUUGUUUCAUGUCUAGCGCCCAUAUUUAGCAGAAGCAAGCCUUCACGGGAAGUUUAAGCACAGUGCCAGUGUUAUUUGGCAUCUUCUGAUGUAAUAAUACAACAUGCGUACAGCUUUCUGCAUAAGAGAGACUGACUGCUGCUCUGACAGAUAAUAAUAAUCAGGGGGGUUGUGUUUCUUUUUUUUUUUUUUCUGGCUGCCAGUGGUUAUACAAGCACUGUAAAUCACACACUGUACACACUAACACCCAACUCAAAAUGGCCUUGUAUUAAUGAAUGUUUUUAACAGUACAUCUGUUUGGUUUUAAUUUGAUUUGUGAUGGAAAAACAGACUUUAUUUUAUAGAAUUUUAACAGGUUUUUGAGGAAAAUAACAUUUUGUAGCUUUGGAUAAGAAUUCUGAAUGGUUCUGCAUUGCCCUCCUGCCUUUCCUUGUUCACAUAUGAUGUUAAGUUCAUGUUUUUUGCCAUAUAUCCUACUGUUUAUGUCUGCACCGCUCUCCAGACUGCCCUGCACAGAUGUGAAAGUGAAUCAUUUCUGAAGCGUGGAGCUGUACUCCCCGCCUUCAUACACUGCCCAACCGUACAGCUACUAUUGUGUAUUCUUCAGUUUCAUCACUCACAUCCCCAUACAUAAGAGGCAUAAGCUGUUUCAUUUUCAACUGGAAGCAAAAGAAACACAAAUUGAUGAAAAGUUGACUAAAAUGUGUUGAAUUAUCAUGUUUUACCUAUGGCCUGUUGAGUUUUUAACAGCAGGUGGAAAUUUGAAGUGUGUGAUGCUGAGGCAUGCCACUACACCGUGGUGAUGCAUAUUUUGUGUUAUUAUUUUGAGCUGGAUUGACUGAUUCGUGGCAUGAUGGGGGAAGGCCCAGUAUGGCUGACAUUUCAAAUACACAUGGAGAGGAUGAAUCUAUCUCACUGUAGCAACAGCUCAGAGUUUAGUAAUAUUUAUAUAUGAUGUGGUGAUUAUUAUUAAUUGGUAUGAUGCUUUCAAGAGACUACUUUUGCCUUAUUCCUACCAAAUGUAAAGAAAAACAGAAAACUUGGGUGGGUGGGGAGUGAUUUUUGAAUACAGUUUUAUAAUGUUCAUUAAAAUGCUGCAUUUGA